GCCAUCGGGACGGGGACAGGGUGACGGUGGCCAGGAAUAGCCGAGGCCACGUGGCCGAGCCCGUCCCCAGAGUGACCCUGGGGUGUCCUUGGGGACCUCGGUGUGGUCCCAGGUCCCCUUAGCGUGACAUGGGGCAGAGCCAGGGGGGUGUCACCACCCCGGAGGCCAGCGGGGGACCCUCCGCGGGGGGCCGGGGGCCGUCGCCGCUGGAGCGGGGGCUCCACGCCGUGGUGGCCACCUUCUACCAGUACGCCCGGGCGCCGGGGGGGGGGCGGGAGGCCAGCCUCGACCCCCCCGCCUUCCAGCGCCUGCUGCGCCACGAGCUGGGCCACCAGCUCACCGACACGGGGCAGCCCGAGGCCGUGGCCGCCAUCUUCGCGCUGCUGGACGCCAACGGGGACCGGCGCGUCUCCUUCGAGGAGUACUGGCAGCUGGUGGCCUGGCUCUGCCACGUCCUGCGGCACCGCCACUACGGCCCCGCGCCCGCGCCCCCGCCGCCGCCCCUCUGCGGGGCGCCCCGCGGCCCCCCGGCGGCCCCGGCCCGCGGGGACGGGCGCCCGUGACGCCCCCCCGCACCCCCGGCCGCGGGGCCGCCGGGGCACCCCCCGC